AUGAGGGUAUGCUCAAGAAACACAUAUGCCACGGUGAAUGGAAUUCUCCAAUUUUUCAGUGUUGCUAUAGCAAAUCUCCAUGGCAAUGACCCUAAUCAGGGAAGGGGGGAUGCAGGGGGGACGCAUGCUCAGAGUGGCUGCUGGAGCCUCGCCUGCUCGCUACAGCUGCUCCAAGGGUCUGGCACACAGGCGAAGAGAAAGAUCAGGCAGGGAAGAAAGCUUGAAUUAUUGAUAAGAGUAAUGGCGUUGCUGUCUGUCUGGAGCGUGGUGCGUGUGGCGAUCCCGUUCAUCUCAGUGGUUGGCCUGCUAAGCGUGAGGCUUGUGGGGGCCGGCCAGGACUCUGGGAGUGUCAUUCCUGCAGAAAGUCGUCCCUGUGUUGACUGCCAUGCGUUUGAGUUCAUGCAGAGGGCGUUGCAGGAUUUAAAGAAGACAGCAUAUAAUCUAGACACACGGACAGAAACCCUCCUCCUGAGAGCGGAAAAGAGAGGCCUGUGUGAUUGCUUUUGUGCAAUACACUGA